UCCAAGCACAAUUGGCCAAGUCAACUGAAGUACCAACUCUACUAUUACAUCACUACAUUGACACUAUAUUUUUGUAUUACUUGAUGAGCUUUUUCUUUGGCCGUAUAGAGAUGCAGGACUCAGUAUUUUUUUUUUUUGGUUGAAAUAUUGAUAUUUGACUGUUUAUUUUCUUUGAUAAUUUUAAGAACGCAUUCAUUCGUAAGAAUAAUAUGAUGAAAUAACAUUCUUAACAAGUAGAUAAUUCAUGUUCAGAUUAGAAUGUUUCGUUCAUGUCCGUAUUAGAUUAUUGAAACAAAUAAAAUUAAAUAGCUAGUAGAUUAAAGAAUUUCACCUGCAGGGUUGAUCCACUUGCCAAAUAGGUCAAUAAUCCUUAGUGUUGCAAUAUAUAUCAGGAGAAAAUGCUUCUAUACUAUCCUCAAUAAGAAGAGAUUCCUGACAGGAAUGAAGUUCUUACGGCAGCUAAUUGCAUUGCUUGGUAUUUUAGGUCUUAUAUGCAUGGUUCAUGGCCAAGAUCAAUCAGGCUUCAUUAGCCUUGAUUGUGGAUUGCCAGCAAAUACUACCUACACCGAUGAGACAACAAGCCUAAACUAUAAUUCAGAUGCAUCAUUCAUUGACACCGGCAUAAGUAAGAGCUUAGCACCUGGAUUUACUACAGAUAACCUUAGGAGACAACUAUGGUACAUUAGAAGUUUUCCUGAGGGUGACAGAAAUUGCUAUAACUUAACACUUGCUAAAGACACUGAAUAUUUGAUAAGAGCUACUUUUAUGUAUGGAAAUUACGAUGGCCUAAAUCAGCUACCAGAAUUUGAUCUACACAUAGGACCAAAUAAAUGGGUUAGUGUGAAAAUACUCAAUGCAUCCACUUCUGUAACAGAAGAGAUCAUCAUUGGCAGCCCUAAAUCAAAAUACAUACAUGUAUGCCUCGUGACUAAGGAUACAGGGACACCCUUUAUAUCAGCUUUGGAAACAAGGCCUUUGAAAAAUGGCACAUAUGUAACAGAGUCGGGAUCUCUGGGCUUGGCGCUCUUCACGCGGGAAGAUGUUGGGUCAUUAAACAAUAGAAUUGUCAGGUAUCCAAAUGAUGUCUAUGAUCGUCGCUGGUUUCCCUAUCAUUUCAAGAGAGGGACAGAUAUAAGUACCACGCUGACGGUUGAUUUGGAUGAUCAUAAUGAUUUCCAGCCACCAUCAAUUGUCAUGAGGAGUGCAGUCAUAUCAAUAAACACCAGUAGUCCUCUGGAAUUUUACAUAAACAAUGAUACGACUUAUAAAUUAUAUGCAUAUAUGCACUUUGCUGAAAUUGUGAAGCUUGAAGCCAAUCAGUCUCGUCAGUUCAACAUUUCUCUAAAUGGAAAGAUAUGGUAUGGACCUGUUACUCCUACUUACCUGUAUACAACCACUGUGUAUAGCACAUCAGCCAUCACUGACGGAAUGUAUGAGUUUUCACUUUCUAAAGUGGAAGGAUCAGCCCUGCCGCCUCUACUCAAUGCAAUUGAGUUGUAUUACGUAGUUGACCUCCUACAACCGGAAACAAAUCAAAGAGAUGUUAUUGGGAUCAUGAAUAUCAAGUCAACAUAUAGAAUAUCAAGAACAAACUGGCAAGGAGAUCCAUGUGCUCCUGAAGAUUUUGUUUGGGAGGGUCUUAGUUGCAAGUAUAAUGUUACUUCUUCACCUGUAAUCAUAUCAUUGAAUUUGUCCUCAAGUGGAUUGCAUGGGGAGAUAGCUCCUGACAUAGCCAAUCUGAAAUCGCUUGAAAUUUUGGACUUGUCAAACAACAAUUUAACUGCACUUGUGCCUGAUUUUCUAUCUCAGUUGCAGUCCUUGAAAUUCUUGAAUUUGACAGGAAACAGGCUCAAUGGUACAAUUCCAGAUGAUCUCUUGAAAAGAGCGGAUAGUGGUUUAACGCUAAGUGUUGACGGAAAUCCAGAGCUUUGUAAAUCGGUUUCAUGCAAUAAGAAGAAGAAGAAGAAGAAGAAUACAGACUUCAUUGUUCCAGUUGUGGCUUCAGUUGCUGCACUACUUGUUAUUAUAGUUGUAUUGACAACUAUAUGGUAUCUUAAAAGAAGAAAGCAAAAAGUGGCUGGUAGAACUGAAGCUGAAGCCAAGAAAACACAUGAACCACUGGAAUUGAACAAACGACAAUUUACAUACUCGGAUGUCCUGAAAAUUACGAACAAUUUUGGGAGUGUUCUUGGUAGAGGAGGUUUCGGAACAGUUUACCAUGGCUACUUGGAUGAUGUUGAAGUAGCAGUGAAGAUGCUCUCUCCAUCUUCUGUUCAAGGAUACAAGGAGUUCCAUGCAGAGGUCAGACUUCUUCUGAGAGUUCAUCACAAGAACUUAACUACCCUUGUUGGGUACUGCGAUGAAGGCAAUAACAUGGGGCUCAUUUAUGAAUAUAUGGCUAAUGGAAACCUUAAACACCAUCUCUCAGGCGAUCACCCGAGUAUCUUAAGCUGGGAGGGGAGACUUCAAAUAGCCCUUGAAGCGGCACAAGGACUGGACUAUCUGCACAAUGGUUGCAAGCCGCCAAUUGUACAUAGAGAUGUGAAGACUACUAACAUAUUAUUGAACGAUAGAUUCCAAGCAAAGCUAGCUGAUUUUGGACUUUCAAGAACUUUUCCAGUUGAAGAUGGCUCUCAUGUGUCAACAGUUGUUGCUGGCACUCCAGGAUACCUUGAUCCUGACUACUACGUAACAAACUGGUUAACUGAGAAAAGCGAUGUUUAUAGCUAUGGAGUUGUUCUUUUAGAGAUCAUUACAAGCCGACCUGUGAUUGCAAGAACCCGUGAUAAAACCCAUGUAAGCCAAUGGGUUAAAGCCAUGCUUGACAAGGGGGACAUAAAGAACAUCGUAGAUCCAAGAUUACGUGGAGAUUUCGACAAUAAUUCUGUAUGGAAAGUUACAGAGUUAGCAAUGGCAUGUUUAUCGACAACUUCUGGUGAAAGGCCAAGUAUGAGUCAAGUGGUGAUGGAAUUGAACGACUGUUUAACAACCGAGAUGGCUCGAGCAAGGGAAGGCCGUAGCACACAAUCCAGUAGUUCUGUUGAAGUUAUCAGUCUGCAUCUGCACACUGGAGUAUCUCCCCUGGCAAGGUAGUCCCUGGAAACAUCCUUCUAUAGAGGUGGCCACAUAAGUAAAAAUAAACGGAACCAUGGUGUUUUGUGUUUUGCUUGCUGGACCUUCCUUCCUAUAUUUUGAAGUUUAUAGCCAAACAUAAGAUGUAAAUAUUUGUUGAUUUUUGUAAAAAGUUUCUGUAAACUAAAAUGAUGCUGUAUGUACAAGAGCACUAAUACAAUGAUGAUCACAAGUGAUUAGUUGUUUGUAAUUAAAAAAUGAACUACUUAAACAAAACCAGAGAGCUUUGAAAAAAUAAAAGGUCCUUGGAACUAA